AUGCAUAUGGAAAAGGGUGAUACAAAGAGAUUAUUGAUCGUUGGUGAAGAGUGCUAUAGCGAGCUAACGAUCGUUCGCGUCUAUGAAGAUACUGGCUCUGGAAAGUCGGAUGACUAUUUUGAGACUUCUAGUUAUCUGGGUGGAUCUGGUAUACUGAAUUAUGUUGUGACCGAUGGCUUGCAGCCACGAAUGAGAAUGCGUGCAGGUGUUUUUUGUGGGUUUGGUGAUUGCGGUCAUGGAUAG